CAGACAGUGACUCCGCGCGUAACGGACAUGUAACCGGUGGAUAGAACUCUCAGUGUUAUGUCAUCGAUGACAAUUCUUCGACAUUCAGGAUUCCGACGUAAAUGAUUAACACAGGGUCAAGGAUACGUGCAGUGUUUUCUUAAACUGAAAGAAAUUACCGAUGGGAAUCUAAGGAAAAAUCCUGUCGUUCCCAAGAAACUUUGACAAGAAUUCGACAACACCUAGUGAUAAAACGGAUCAAAGAAUUCGUCGAGUGGAGGAACACUCGGGACACGCGUCAGGACCGUCGCAACCACCGGGCAAGUCGAAAGAGGGAGGGACAGAAGCAGAGGGACCACGGUGGAGAGAGAAGCGGAUGGUUCGAGAGGAAGCUCGAUGGGUCGAACACACUCAGUGCUGCCAGCCGUAAGCUCGACGGAGUCGACGCCGCAAGCUCGAUGCAAAUCGACGUUGCGGAUGUCCCGAUGAAAAUCGACGUCCGUGUCCCGAUCAUUCGUUGCUCCCACCGACGAGCAUCGUGUCACGGUUCGAUAGCCGAAUGAGCGUCGACAACCUCCGGUAUUGACGAACCACUUUGACGACCAACGGAAUUAUCCUCGCCGGAACCACGAGCCUGACCAGUGUCGACGAACUCUCGGAACACGUGCGGUGUACUGUUGACGGCGAAAGAUAAGGUGGUGAGAGGAGAGGAGAGAAGAAGCGGAAAGAAUUCCGCGGUGAACGGCAACGACGGAAGCGUCGCGGAAGAGGAUAGCUGCGGCGUGGUCUGUGUGUCCGGGGUGCCUGGCUCGCGGAAGUGCCGGGUCAACAAUGUCAAUGCCCUUAAGAUCGAUCGUCGCCUGCUCGAAACCGACUAGUUUGUUAAUGGACGGUGAGAAAUUGACUUCGGGGUGAAUCGAAGCCGGCCGUGGUGAGUCCCGACACCCGUGAGAACCGCCCGUGAUCCGCGGCUAAUUACUUAGUCGAUGAAGCCGUGCGCCACGAGGAUAUCGCCGAACGAACGUUCGGGGAACGCGAUCACGAUCGAGGUGACUGUCCGUCGCGAGCCACGCGGAUUUCUGCGCGAGGGAUAGUCGGAAGUACCUGGCGGUAGUUAGUCAGUUCAAGGUAUCGCGAACGAUUGGCAGGCUGAGGAUUGUUGGCGGAAGAAGUCGUCCCGGUGGACGAGUGGCAGAAUAAUAACAACUCGUUGGAUGGAGUGAUGAGCGGGGCCCCCGCACGGGGCACAGCGCCCCGUCGUCAAAGACGUCAUCAUCAUCACCAUCAUCAUCAGAAACAUCAGAAGCAGCAGCAACCACGGGAAGAGGAGCCGGCUGAUCAGUCGGAGGAGAAACGGCCGAAAGUGAAUCCGAUUUUCCUGUGGGCUUCGCAGCGGGAGCAGAGGAUCGUCGAAGUGAGAUGCGAGGACUACGACAAGAGGAACCGUAUCAAGCUGACCAAGACGGCGCAGGGAUGGCGUUCGAUACCGAGGACGGCUUCCAACAUGUACUCGACUGGCUUAGGGGUCACGUUCCAGAAAGCGAGCAACAACGCGAACCCUUCGAACACAUCCGACACAAGCGACGAAAAAGAAGUCGGGAAACAGACGGGCCACGUGGCGACGGGUCUUCAAGCGAAAGAGUUGACGAAUGGUCGGACGAAUGGCUUGGUCGCGACGAACGCUGUUGGACGGAAGAGGAACUACGAUGAGAUCAACAGAAACGAGCAUCGACGGGAUUAUGGGUUUCCGUUGGAUAACUCGCGGAAUAAUGGGAGAGUGACGUGGGACGAGGAACGACGAAGAGUGCCAUGCUCCGACGACGAUGAGAAAGAGGAUGAGGAUGAUGAAGAGGAUGAGGACGAGGACGAGGACGAGGACGAUGACGAUGAAGAAGAUGAGGAAGAGGAGGACGAGGAAGACGAGAACGAAGAGGAAGCGGAAGACGAGAAUAGAUUCGAGAAAGACCCGACGAGUGGCCACGGAAGAAGUAAGCUCGAAAGGCUGCAGAAGGACAAGUUGCUGCAGCCGCGAGUGGUGCUGGAGCAGCUACACUUUUCCCAGCUGCCCGAGGGCGUUCAUCAGAAUGUCCUUCAGAGCCAAGGGAACGACGAGAAGGGGCGAAACGAGGAUGAUGUUAUCGCUGCUGAAAAGAAGGCAGUCUCCGCGGAUUGUGAUAAAAGGAGACACGUGAACAAGGCGGGUAUUCAAGACAUACUCAACAUGAUUGACGCUACAGCCUCGCCAGUUCUGGCCACCGAUACGCCUAGUGCUGAUUUGCCGGUCGAUUCCACGAAAACGUACGAGGUUCUCAACGAGAAUCUCCACGCGAAGUCCUUCGACGGAAAGAUCAAGGACUCUAAUUCGAUAUUACUGGAGUUGUCCAGCAAAAUUAACGAACAGUCGCGGACGAACGGGAUUUCCAGCUACCAGCACGACAACGCGGACAAAAUCAACGAAAAUCUCGUCGAUGAUAAAAUAGAGAUACACGAGGAGAAGAUUUUAGGCAACUGCGAGAGCGAAGAGGAGAAGAAUCGUCAACUGAAGGAGGAUGUGAUCAUCGUUUCGAUAAAGAAUAAUUCCGACUCGAAACUAUGUAAAGUCGUGGAAGCGGACGGUGGUCUAGACAGUCGAUCGAAGUGCAGAACGAACUCUCGCGCGAAGUAUCAAAACAUGAUGUCGAUGUACGACGACGCGCCGUCGGAAGUGGAAGAAGAGCGACCAGACGAGCCCGGCGAGCCGAUUAAAAUAGAUUAUAACGAUAGCUCGAAGAUUCUAAAUGCGCUCAGGAAUACUCCAGGUCUUUCGGUGUCCAUAACCAAGACUCACACACCGGAGAGUUCGAAGGUGAACAAUGCGGUGCAGUCGACGAGACCAACCUCGAAAGCGUCGUCGUCGAGCAGGUCACCGGAUUCCCAGGCAGAAUGCGCAGAGAGGAUGUUGAAGAGCGCUGACUCCGCGAUGGAGACACAGAGAAUUGCCUCCUCGUCGAAGAAUCUGCCCGGUCUGUCUAUCAUUAUACCCAGCUACCGGUACAGGAAUCCUCACGCGGUCGCGAGCCACUCGGCCUCGCCGAACAUGAAGGCGCGAGUCGAGUCCCCGGAGAGCACCGUGAACUUCACCAAGACAGAAGCGUAUCCGGACGAAUCGAAGUUGGAUGGUUUUCCCCACGAGGAGGACCAUGACGAAAGAGACAUGGAGGAGGACGAGGACGACUGCGAUUCCCAGGUGCUGGAAGAUCUGAGACGACAAAAGGCGGACUCGUUGGCCUACGAGUCCGACAGAGAUUACUUUCACAGACAGGGCAUGGGUAACUCAGAAGAUCGGAGGACACCUCUAGAAAGCAGCAAGAAUCAAGCCCACUGGAUCAGCUCGACCAGGAACAGCGAGGCUCAAGCGAAAUGCAAAUAUCAGGAUGUAGAACACUUCGACGAGCAGGUGCUCGAGGAACUUCGGACCCGUGGCACGGUCGUGUCGCCGCAGCCGAGUGGAAUUCCGUGUUCCCCAGCCUCCAGGAGGCCGUCGUCUGCGUACCUCGAAAGGCUGCUGCCGAGUCCUCCUUGUUCGGUGUCCUGUUCCGAGGAUGCAAAGAACGACAUCACUUUGAAGGGUAUUCUGUCGUCGCCAAACCAGCUGGAGGCUAGGGAUUUCGAGAAACAAAAGGAGAUGUUGAACCGUUGUGAUCAAGUACCUGCUGAGCACCACGUGGUUCGGCUGGAACAGUCAAAAGACGUUGAAAGGACUAACGUGCGCAAACGAGGCAGACAUUUCCAAGAUCGAUCCUCUGACCGCCAGGAGAUCAGGAGCUCCAGCAGACCGUUGUCCAGUGGUGACAUUCACAGCACGUAUUACGUGACCGAUCGUGUCGCGACGAAGCGUCCGAUGUCCGCCGAAUGGUCGGUCAACAGACAGAAAAGCCAGUUCAGUCCGUAUCAGAAAUUCCCUGGGAAGCAUCGGGUGCAAACGUUAGAGGAAGCUUGCGCUACGUCCAGCAGCACUGAUAAGCUUCUGGAUCCUGCUAGUCAACUCAGAGAAUUAAUUGAGACGUCCGGGCAUUUGAUACCGGAGCCUCUUCUAGUGCCCAGAGACUAUUUGCCAGGCUUGGCGGCAGCGCCAGCCACCGAAAUCCCGAAACUGUUGGCGACCAGGCCUGAGCUGAGACUGCCAGAGGCGUUGGACAGGCCGGAUCUCGUGAGAGAUCCGGAUUUAUUGGUGAUAUCCUUGGCUCAUCUUCAACACGUCCUCGACCACGGCGAGGGACCAGUCUCCAGAUCGCGAUCGUCGCAUCCGAGGAUCAACAACGGCGCUAACAAAGGGACCGGUCACGCGAGCAACGGGACGAGGAACGCCUCGCAAACGAGGCCUAAGCUCAGUUGCAAGCCGAUCGGCACGCUCAUGCCGGCGCCGAUCGAUCUGUCCAGCAGCCGGCGGAGCAGUCCUUACCCGCCGCUGCUCAGGGUGCGGAGCGGAUUACUCAAGCAGGAACCGGAAGUGAGCUCCACGGCUAAUUCACCCGAUGACUCGCAACUCUGGCAUCCUCUCUUCGGCAGUCAGAAGAGGCAGCAGCAGCAGCAGCAGCAAUAUCACCAACAGCAACAUCAACAGUAUCAACAACAGCGUCAGAGUCAACGGCAGCAUCAGCAUCAGCAUCAACAGCAACAACAGCAACAUCAGCAACAUCAGCAACAUCAGCAACAUCAGCAUCAAGAUCAACAUCAAAAUCAGCAUCAACAGCACCAAAACCAACACCAGCAUCAACUUCAACAUCAACACCAGCAUCAGCAUCAGCAUGCCUCCUGGCACAGGACCACUUUAGCAUCCUGACCACGGUAACCUUGACCCUCACCAUAAACCAAGUACUAGCUGUGCUGUAUAUGGAGAAAGGAUUGCUGCUAGCCAAGAAAUACGUAUUGGUGCCGAUCCCUUUUGCGGGUUCCGUCUUGAAAACAGCCCUUAAAGUCUUAUCAUUGCGACGGAGA